AUGACAAUGCAAGCCAAUAAAAUUACCAACCUGUUGCUCAAGGCGUACCUUGUUGCGGUUUUUGUUUUCAUAUUUACUCCGAUCAUCACCAGCAUGAUCUUCUCUUUUAAUUCUGAUCGCUUCGCAUCCAUACCACUUGGUUCGUUCACCCUUCACUGGUACGAAAUUGCCUAUAACGACCCAGAUGUUUGGGAUGCUGCGAGAACUAGCAUGACGGUCGCAGUUCUGGUCUCCGUGCUGUCAACAUUCAUUGGCUUCUGCACUGCCUACACCGAUUUCCGAUAUUCGUUUAGAUUCAAGAGCGGAUAUCUGGCUCUGGCACUUCUUCCGCCAACCAUUCCGCUGAUCAUCAUGGCACUGGCGAUGCUUGCCUGGUUUUCUAAAAUUGGAGCUUCCGGGCAACUCUGGUCUAUCGUUAUCGCUCACACUGUUUUGUGUUCUCCGUUUGCAAUGGCAGUCAUCCGACUUCGCUUGCAGCAGAUGGAUCGCGAUCUGGAAGCCGCGGCGUGGAAUUUAGGUGCGAGUGAAUGGGCAACAAUGCGAUACGUUGUCGUGCCAUUCGCCAAGCCAGCCAUCAUUUCCGCACUGUGCCUGACAAUGGCGGUUUCCUUUGACGAGUUUGUUGUGGCGUGGUUUGUAUCAGGGCUGAACAAAACAAUCCCUGUGAUCAUUCUCGAAAUUUUACAGGGCAAUGUGGACCCGCAGAUCAACGCGAUUGGCACUUUUGUAUUUAUUACCUCCAUGACGUUGGUUAUCAUCGCACAGUUGGUAUUUACAUUGCGCUCUCCUAGAAAAACCUAUAUCUGA